GCCCUGGCCUGGAUGGGCCUGGGUCCGCCCACAGCUCGGCGCCUGUUCGGAACUAUAAAAUUUGGUUUCGUUUCUGUUUCUGGCUCUGUUCCUGUCAAAAUUUAGUUUUUUUUUGGUUUUGGAUGUUUCAUUUUUAAUGUUGUGAAAGCUUUAAGUGCAGUUAAUUAUUUGUACGUGUAUACAGACGACGGCUGUGUUGAAGCUCUUUUAUUUGCCGUCAAAUAAAGUACAGUAAGAGCUCUGACGUCACUGGAGUUCAAAGAACGUGAAACUAAGCAACGAUCAACCAAAACAACAGAAUAUUUAUUGAGCUGUUGAAAGAUCCGUGUGAUCACAUCUUAUACUCACAGGGAAAAGCAAUGGCAGAAUCUUCACCAUCAAAUGAACCAAGAAAAACCAGGAGAAAGAGUAUAACUGAACCUCCAUUCAUGUCAUCCUCCAGUGGUUCACUGUCUAAGGAGCUUCAGUGCUCUUUAUGUCUGGAAGUCUUCACUGAUCCAGUCACGACUUCAUGUGGACACAACUUCUGCAAGAUCUGUCUGAAUAAACACUGGGACAACAGCCAGACCUGCAGCUGUCCAUACUGUAAAGAAACAUUCAAGCAAAGACCUGAUCUCAAGAUUAAUACCACACUCAGAGAGCUCAUAGAUCACUAUAAAAAGAAACCUCCUGAGAAAACAACUGAAGUUCUGUGUGAUAUCUGUGAGGAAAGAAAGCUGAAAGCGCUGAAGUCGUGUCUGGUGUGUCAGAGCUCUUACUGUGAAACUCACCUGGAGCCUCAUUUGAGAGUGACACGUUUAAAGAAACACAAACUGAUGGAUCCUGUGAGUAAUCUGGAGGACUAUAUAUGUCAGAAACACGAGAGACCUCUGGAGCUGUUCUGUAGAGAUGAUCAGACCAUCGUCUGUCUGUCCUGUACUGAUGGAGAUCACAAGAACCACAACACUGUGUCUUUAGAAGAGACCGAGUUGAUGAUCCAAGACACACAGCAGAUGAUCCAGGACAGAAUCAAGAAGAUUCAAGACAUCAAACACUCAGCAGAAGUCAGACAUAGAAGCACACAGAAGGAUAAAACAGCUUGUAUCGAGCUCUUCACUGAUCUCCUCCGCUCCAUUGAGAGACGCCAGACUGAACAGCUGGAGAUGAUGGAGGAGAAGCAGAAAGCAGCAGAGAAACAGGAGCUAGAGCUGAUUGAAGAGCUGGAGCAGGAGAUUACUGAGCUAAAGACGAGAAACAUUAAACUGCAGCAGCUUUCACAGACUGAAGAUGUCAUACAGAUUUACUCACCUCUGAACAGCCUCAGUAACACCAGGAACUGGCCUGAGAUCAGUGUGAAGACUCCUGAGAAUCUGGAGACUCUGACCAGAGCUCUGACUCAACUGAAGGACACUAUAGAUGAGAAACUUGAUCAAACAAAGCUGAAGUGGAUGCAGCAGUAUGCAGUGGAUGUGACUCUGGAUCCUGAUACAGCUCAUCCAUUUCUCAUUCUGUUUGAUGAUGGAAAACAAGUGACAGAUGGAGGCAUUGAUCAGAAACUCCCAGACAAACCAGAGAGAUUUGAUACAUAUCUAAUUGUCUUGGGAAAGGAGGGAUUCUCCUCGGGGAGAUUUUAUUUUGAGGUGCAGGUGAAGGGAAAGAUUAAAUGGGAUUUAGGAGUUGCCAGAGAAUCCAUUAACAGGAAGGGACAUAUCUCACUGAAACCCAGAGAUGGAUACUGGACUGUGGAGCUGAGGAAUGGAGAUGAAUAUUAUGCCUUUGAUGAUCCUCAUCUCCCUCUGUCUCUGAGAGUGAAGCCGCAGCGGGUCGGUGUGUUUGUGGAUUAUGAGGAGGGUCUGGUCUCCUUUUAUGAUGCAGAGUCCAGAUCUCAUAUCUACUCUUUCACUGCUCAGACUUUCACUGGGAAACUCUAUCCAUAUUUUAGCCCAGGCUUUAAUUAUGGAGGAAAAAACUCAGAGCCACUGAUCAUCACAGCUGUCAUGAAGCAACAUUAAUUUAUACAUGAAAUAGGAUCACAGUGAUUUUUAUAAUCAAAAUAAUGUUUUUUUAUUAUUAUUUCAAAUCUGAUAAUGUAUGUGGUGCUACUCAAGUGAUCAAAGUUUUUUUCAUCACAUAUUUUACAGUCAAAAUGUAAUGCUUGUAAUGUUUAAUACAUUCUUUUCCCCCCAACACUUAUAACUUUUCUACACCAUUUUCACAUCUUCUCCUGACAAAGUGAAACUGCCUGUAAAAUGUUUUCAUCAAAACGCACCAAACUAUUAAAGCCUUUAAACUGUUGUAUCAA